AUGGAGCCUCUCCGAUCCGCACCAGAGGCCGAUGCCUUUGUCCCUAUUGCUGAGCACCAAGCCCGCACACCAAGCUCUUUCUAUUCUGGACCUCCGGUACUGCACUAUCACAGCCAGCGAUGCAAGAUCGUGAUUCUGGAGCGCGAUCUGCUGGCUAACCCCGCUCUUAACGCGCUGCGCGCGCAAGCGACCACAAAUGGCACCGCUGCGGUGGAUGAAGAUGCAGAGGACAAGGAGAUCGCCAUUGAGGGUGUGGACACAUGGGUUGGAUCUGAGAAAUUCCUUCUCUACUCCCCGACAACCUCAGCUGGAGUCUCAAUUCCCUACCCAUCAAUCUCUCUCCACGCGAUUCAGCGCCUGUGCGUUCCAGGCGACGACACCGAAGUCCAGGGUCUUUACAUGCAAAUCGCGACACCCACCGCACCAUGCGAAGAUGACGAAGAACAGUGCAUCACUCUCACUCUCGUUCCACCUGAGCCAUCACCUGUCUCCCAAGAAAACCACACCGACGACCUAAGCACCGAGGACGCUGAAACCGAAACACCUACCCAACAACUCUACAAUGCCGUUUCUGCCUGCUCAAACCUCCACCCAGACCCCGUGGAACCAGGCGACGAGGAUGAAGAUGAGACUAAUUUCCCUUCUGGUGAGGACCUAGGCAUGCACCAGCUAGAUGGGGAUGGGGAUCUGCCACCUCCUGUUGCCGGGAGCUCGGGCUGGAUUACAGCGGAUAAUAUGCAUGAGUUCUUUGAUGAGGAUGGGAACUGGAUUGCGGAGGGUGAGGCACCUUCUUUCCCCCUGGGACCGGGAGCUGGCACUGUCCAUGGACGUGAGGAUGAGGAUGGAUAUAUGGAUGUCGAGAAUGAGGGAAAUGAUGAUACGAAGUGGCGUCGUACUGAUUAG